GUAGUUAUGUGCACCUCAAUUCAAUUAGACGGGAAUGUUAUAACAAACUAAUAUAGUUCCGCAUACUAGCUAUGUCUGGAAAUGCACUGUUGAUGAAAGCAGUGGUGCCAGGUAGUAUGGAUGAACUUUGCUCUGGUGAACGGAGGUGUGAUGAUAAAAAAGAUGUGGAGGGAUCAUCUCAAAUAAUUUCUCCCCUUGAAACUUAUGGUACAAAAUACAGUGAGAAAAAUGUCUCUCUGUAAGCCCAGACAUUCCAAGCAAUUUGCUAAAUCAGGGUUAUCAACAAUCAGAGUGGCCCUUCUCUGUAUGGAGUCAAAUGGAAUUAACUGAUACUUUAAAUAAAUUACUUGGUUACUUGUGAACAAAUAAUAUCAAUAAAACUUAAAAGGCUUACACACACAAUAUAGCAUACUAACUGUCCAUUAUUAGCAAUAAGUUUAAAUUUAAAGGUAUAAAAGUAAAUUUAAAAUAAAGAGAAUACAUUACAUUUCAAUUAAAAUCUUAGUUGUGUGUGUGGUAAAACCAAACUAUAAAAUAUGCAAUUAGCUUGUUCGAGGAUGCCUGUGAUAUGCAACAGGCAGAAGAUUAUACGGAUGACUACAGAAGGCAGAAGAUUAUACUGGAAUUGCAUGAUUGACUUGAGACUGGCAUUUCCAAACUUGUGAAAGAGAAGUUUUAAAAGUUUGAAGAAGUUUUACAAUUACUAGAACAGUCUGAACUGGUGGAAAAAGUAUGGAAAGCUGGUACUACUAACAUUGGUGCAUAUGGUCUGGAAACUAGAGUCAGAAUAAUUGAAAUGAGGAGAAAAAGCAUUUUAAAACUUUCCUUAAAUAGCAGGACUGACUAGAAUUGUAGAAUUGAAAUACUACACCAUAGUAGCUAAAUGUUUUCUAAACCUUUGUAACUUUGAAAAAGUAGCAAAUAUGGCUACAUAAAAAUAUAAAUGGCACAGAGUCAUUUUCUGGAGUGCUUUUUAAAUAAUUUCACAGAUUACAAGAAAAAAAGAUGGGAUCAAUUGAACUAGUUCAAAUAUUGCAUGCUGCUUGAGCUAGCAGUUGUAAAAAUGGCUGAAGAUUUUGUCGAUAGCAUUGAUAUCGAAGAACAUGAUGUUCUGGAUAAUCCAACAAUAAGAAAAAUAUUUCCGGAUAUAUCUGUUUUGAAAAAAGAAAUAACACAUUUUUUUGAUAAUGACGAUAUCAAACCACCCGCUUCGUUGAAUUCCCAAUUGGGAGACAUAAAUAUAGAUGAAUGCGAUAGCGAAAAUGAUGUAAAAGAAAACAUUCUUCAAAGUAAUCAUUCAGAUUUGAUUGAUUCGUGCAAUUUUAAUGCUAACGUUAUUAGUGACAUUAGUUGUCUGAGUACUCAAAAUGAUAAUUUAUGUUUUUAUGGCAACAAAAUAAUAUUAGGUUCAAAACCAAGUACGUAUUCCAACACAACCGUUGCAAAUGAAGUAACAAAAAAUAAAAAUCCCCAAUUAAAAGUAAUAGUUGAAGAUAUCCAGCAUUCAUUGAGUAAAAAUGAACGAUAUUGUAGUAAAUGUAAAAUUUUGUUUUUUCACACAUCUUCUAUGAGUCGUCAUAAAAAGUUAGUGCAUCAUAUACGUACUAAACAAUAUCCUUUGGUAGAAAACGACUAUACAAAAUACACAAAAUGUAACAUUUGCAGUGCAAUGUUGUCUUCAAGAAGCAAUUUAUUACGACAUUUAAAAAAUGUUCAUAAUAAAAAUCCAAAAACAAUUAAGAGAAAAAGAAAAACCACUUCGGAGACCAAAAAAUGCAUACAACCAAAUUCCAAUAAAAGGAAAUCUUGUUACAUUUGUUCACAUUGUAAUAAAAAAUUCCUUUCUGCAAGUGCACUUAUAGAGCACAUGUACAUAGUUGCAAACAAUAGAGAACGAGUAAACAAUUCCACACAUUCUAAGUCAGUUUCGAUUCAUACAGGUCGUGAUAAUGAUGUGGAAAAUUUGAGAGAUCCUGAAAACACCUGUAGUCCACAAAUACCGAACGCUAAAAUAAUUAAAAACUGUCAGGUAAGGUUAGAGAAUGUUGGGAAAUUCAUGAAACCUUUACAACUACGUAAUUCAGAAAAACAAACGCUAAAUCACGAUGAUAAAAGGGAGUCGACAGACUUAAAUAAUUUUAUGAGAUGCUCUGUUUGUUCGUAUUAUUUCAAGAACAUUCAUAGAUUUAACAAACAUGCGAUAAAAUGGCAUAAACUCAAACAGACCCCUGUCAUUAAGAAAGUUAAUUUUGAUGGUAAUUGUAAGAACUGUUCGUUGAAGUUUAACGAUAUUCCUUCAUAUAAUAUACAUUUAUAUAAUAAUCACAGAAAUCUGUUUAAGGAGGUCGUAAUAGAAACGAAAUUAAAAAAAAAAUCUGCGUCGCUGGAAAUUGGGACUCAAGUUCUAACAAAGGAUGAAGACGACACAUUACUGAAGUCAAAGUUACAGAAAAGUGUCAAUGACAUCGUAGGAUUAGUGGCUUACAAAAAUAUGUUAUUUAGAUGCACAAAAUGUGAUCUAUUUUUCUUGUCUGCCUAUGUAGCAAUGAUGCAUACGGAACAUAUGGAAUUAUUGGUAAAUUGGAAAUGUCAAACUUGUAAUCGCAUAUUCAAGUCUGAAGAUGAAUUAACGCACAAAGAGCAACACCGCUAUUUUGAGCAUUUCGACACAUUUGAAAUGAAUGAAUCGCUCAUUGAUAAAGUAUUAUUUAAAUGUAAACACUGUGAUGUGCAUUAUGCAGAAGAAAAUUUCAUACCCCAUUACAGUUCUUGCUGCUCAAAAACAUCUAACGUUACAGCAUCUAAAUCCCGAACUUCUACAAACUGCCACUAUUGUAAAAUUUUGAUAGAUCAAAGUAUCAUUCAAUCGCAUAAGGACUCUCAUAGACUCAAAAAUUAUAUACUAAAAGAUUUCAUCAUUAUAGAUUCUGCGUUUAUUAUAGAGAAGGUUGAAAAGAGUCAUGCCGUUCAUGCUAAAACAAUAACUAACAAUAAUAGUGAUUUGGAUAGGCCUAUAUCUAAAAACAACAGCUAUAGCAACAAGGACGAUAGAUAUACGGUAAAAUCAGCGUUAAAAAAAGGAAAGGUUAAUUCUAUACGUAAUAGAAGAAAUGAAAGGACCUCUGAAGAAUUCAACAUUUUUUCUCGUAAAGAUAAGCAUAUAAAGAGCCCAAAUAAAGGCAGCAAUUUACAAACGAAAUUGGUUCAAAAUGCAAAAGCUCGCUUAAAGAUCGUUUUUAAAUCAAAUUCGUGGCAAGAAUUCGUGCCAAACAUGUUUUACUGUAAAACAUGUAAAUCUUUUGUUAGUGAUGUUGCGCUGACUCGCAAGUCUCAUACGAUGUCACGAUGUUCAAAUAUAGUUAAAUAUCCAUGUGUGCUAUGCGGACUCGUACUUUCAAAUAAUGCAUUAAAAACCCACAUGAAUUUGCACAAGUUUAAGAAGGAUUUAAAAUUACAGGAUUUUAAAUUUUUAGAUGAAAACGGUGCACUAGUGUGCCCCACCGUGCCUGAAUAUCCAAAGUGCGACAACUGUGAAGUUCAUUUUGUUAGGAAAGCUUCUGUAACAAUACAUUCCUGCAGUGAUGAAAAAUAUCUGAUCUGCCACAUAUGCAAGAUUAAAUUGUCCGAAACAGCUUUCAAGUUGCACGAGUCUUUCCAUGUUUAUUCAAUAGAGUAUUGGAGCAAAAAUAAAUCAUCGAUUUCAAUAGAAGAAUUAAAGCUAGAUGAAAGUGAAAAUACGGCUAAAAUUACAAAUCCAAAUAAUGUCUCAGUACCCCAACUACUAUACACUUGUAAAAGUUGCGGUAUAACAUUAGAUACUUACGAUUCGACAGUUGAACAUUGUCAAAAACAUUAUAACAAAAAUAACUUUGUUCCUUACAAAUGUAACGAAUGUGAAUUCUCUUUUGAUAUUGGAAAUAUUAGUCAACACUAUCAGUUACAUGAACGAAAAAUUUGGAAAGCCCACAGAUCUAUCGAAUUUGAUUUGUCUUACUUUACGUCGGAAAAUCAUAUUUGGAGCAAAAAUGUUUUUAAUUCUCUUUCGAAAGAAGAAGCUGACGAUGUAGUAAGUAAAUCUAUUUAUAGAUAUGAACAUAGAAUAAAGAUGGAGUUGCAUCAAGACGGUCCAUUCGAUUUAACUUUUUAUAAAUGCGAUAGAUGUCGAACCUUCGUUGACCCUAAUUUGAUUUUUAAACAUGCAGAAAAUUUGUGUAAUCAAAAGUCUAGAAAACAUCCUUGUUCCGUCUGUGGGUUGCCCUUCGAAUCUACUAUUUCUCGAUCCAAUCAUUCGAAAAUUCAUACCCGCCCCGGAUUAGGCCUAAACUCAUAUAGAAUUGUAAUGUUCAACAAAGAAACUGAUAAGAAGUUUAACAAUAGUAUUAUCUCUUGUCAAAAUAUUUACAUUCUAUAUCAGUGUCGGAAUUGCAACUGUGUUGUUUCGAAACAUCAAGAAAGUGGACAUAAAUGUGAACACAGUAACUUGAAAAUGUGUGACAAAUGCGGUCUAUUAAUUGAUCACCACAAUUAUGAUUCACAUAUUGAUAAACACAAAUUUUUGAGUAAUUUUAACGAAGAAUCUAUAAAAGUAGUUUUAUUUGGUAAGGAUUUAAAAGGAGGACCAAAGGAUAAAAUACAAAUAAAAAAUAAACGGCGAACGUUUUCAGGCAAGGUAUUGGAUUAUAAGUUUUUCAAAUGCUCUGUUUGCGGAUUAUGUUUUAGGUCCGAAAACUCACAUGGAGUGCUCACACACAAAUGUGAGAAUAACCAAAAAUAUUCUUCUUGUUUUAAAUGUCCAGUAGUCUUACCUAAUAAUGAAAUGCGGGAGCAUCUUAUGUUGCACGAAAAUGAGAUAGAAUUUAAUAAAGAGCAUAUAGAUAUAGUUGUAUUUGUCGAAACGCAGCAACAAAAUUGUAAUUUAGAUGAGACCGUUAUCAGAACUGAAAAAGACAGUACAGUUAGUUUUGAGAAACAUCUCGGAAGUAAUUUUGAAAUUAUGCUGGAUGCUGAAAAAUCAUUAAAAUUAUACAAGUGCACAAUUUGUGAUUUAUGCUUUCCAGAUAAAAUGUCUGGUGAAAGUCACCUUCGAAACUGUAAUUCGAAAAUUAAAAAUACUAAUCAGAAAUGUUCUAAAUGUAAUUUAAAUUUUACACCGGCGGAUCUGUUUAAACAUUUAAAAAUUCAACACGCUGUUAAACAAGUAAAUAAAAAUUUCGAUAUAGUAGAAAUACAUAGAAAAGAAGUUUAAAAAUAAAUAUCAGUGGGAUGAUUCAAGCAGCUAUAAAAUUGUUCUAUGAGAAAAAGGUGAAAAUCAAAAGUAGACAUUUAAGAUACAAAACAACGUAUAUAAACGUGGAAACUGAUAUUAUUUAGUCCAUCGAAGAUUACAUAUUUUAUGGGAAAAGAAGAAAUAUCAAUUUUUUUUUGUUUAUACCUAUUGGUCCGUUUGUUAUUAUUUGUUACUUUUAUUAGAUUAUUAAGUUUAUUAAGAAAAUGUUAAAAAUAAAUACGUUAUGGAAAAAAAAAUGCAUUCACAAAGGCACUGCAAUUAUUUUGCUUUAGCAGUUCAUCUCAUAGUUUUAUUUAUCAUUUAUCAUCAUAUAGUUUUUAAGCGUAUUAAUAUGGCGUAUACUUAAUAAAUAUAUUUGGGUACAAAUAAGUAUAAACUCUUUAUAAAAUAAAAUAAAAUACAAAUAA